AAAGUCUCCACCUUGCCUUCCAUUAGGGUCAGCGAAUCCUGGGCUCAUCCUCCCCCUAGGUCUCUUGUGUAUAUAUGCGAGUGGAAACCAGUGUUCUUGGACCCUUGUCCGUGCCUUCCAAGAGUUAGGAGAAAACACCCAUCAUAUAUAGAAGACAUCUCUUUCUCUCUUUCUGCCCAAAGGGGAAGAGAAAAUAGGAGGAGGGUGACAUGGGGAGACCACCUUGUUGUGACAAAGUUGGUGUGAAGAAGGGCCCUUGGACUCCAGAAGAGGACAUCAUCUUAGUCUCCUACAUCCAAGAACAUGGCCCUGGGAACUGGAGGGCUGUUCCUACCAACACCGGCCUAAUGAGAUGCAGCAAGAGCUGUAGGCUUAGAUGGACAAACUACCUUAGGCCAGGGAUCAAGCGUGGCAACUUCACCGAUCAGGAGGAGAAGCUCAUCAUCCACCUCCAAGCUCUUUUAGGCAAUAGGUGGGCAGCCAUAGCUUCUUAUCUCCCGGAGAGAACGGAUAACGACAUCAAGAACUACUGGAACACCCAUCUGAAGAAGAAGCUCAAAAAGCUUGGAACCGGUGUUGAAGGCCAGACAAGCAGUGGUGUCGCAAGCCAUAAAUCCAUCUCCAAAGGCCAGUGGGAGAGGAGGCUCCAAACUGAUAUCAAAACUGCAAAGCAAGCUCUUUGUGAAGCCCUGUCUGUGGAGAAGCUCAAUAGCCUAUCUGACUCCAAGGCCUCCUCCAAUUGCUACAACAACUGGAGCAGUACCACACCGUCGACCUACGCAUCGAGCACCGAGAACAUAUCUCGGCUCCUGGAGGGCUGGAUAAGGAAUUCAGCAAGGCCCGGUGCUUGCCAGGCUAAUUCAGGAUCGGUAAAGACUGAGACAGCUUCCAGCCAGGGGACGACGCCAAGCGCCGCCGACUGCAUCCCGUCGCCGGAGCCACUGGAGUCGUUAUUCGGGUUCAACUCCUCGUCGACGGAGGGAUCUGAGACCAGCCUUCUGGGGGAGGAGAGCAAGCCGGUUUUGGAGGCUCACGAGCCCUUCUCUUUUUUUGAAUCAUGGUUGCUUGAUGAGAGCGUUGGGCACGGGCAGUUGAGCCUUCUUGACAUGGCACUAGACGAUGCUCCUGAAUUGUUCUAAAGAGGGUGUUGUUGGCCUUCUUUUUUUUUUCUCUCUCUCUCUCCCCUUCUUUUCUUUCACCUUUCUUCUUGUGUAGGUCAUGAAUUAAUUUGGUUAGUUCUACUGAUGCUUUGAUCGGAAAGAGAUCCAUCGAUGCAAGAAAAGAAGUGUAAAUUGCCUAGGUCCUCAUAUAGACAGUGUUACAUAAUCUAUCUCAAUAUUAUGGGAAUGUUUUCAGUUAAUUUA